UUCUUCGGCAGUACGGCCAGUCGAUAUCCGUCUCUGUACUCGAAAUCAUCAGUAUUUUUUUUUCAGAUCCGUUCAGUACCUGACAUCGAGUUUCCAUAUCCGAUAUCUGUUAGGCCGGCAAUGGUGAUUCGGUGAUCAAAUCUCGAGUGCGCGUUCCCAAUUUUUUUCGCGAGUGUUUCGCUUGAUUAUUUUUUUUUUUGGUAGGCCAUCAUGAGGAUUAUUCUUAUUGCGGUAAUAAUCGGCUGCAUAUCAUCUGUAACCCAAGCAGCGGACGAGCAUCGACCCAAGAAGAAGGAAAAGCGCAAUUUGGAGCACACCCUGUCGCACCACUACUCGGCGCCGCACAGCUACAGGCUGGAGAGGAGGAUCUCGACGGGCCCCCAGAACCCGCCCCUCCAACCUCCGCCACUGUACUAUCCCGGCCCUCCCCGUCCGUAUCGCAAAGAUAAUGGCCAGAACUCGCUAACGGAGAACAGUUAUCCACUGGAUAGAGGAGGAAGCGGAGAUACUAUCUACAUACCGCACAAGCCGUUCGUAAAGAUCGUAGAGAAACCGGUGUAUAUCAAGGAACCCGAGCCUAUCAUCGAGAUCAUUAUCAAAGAAUCCAACGUGACGUUGCCUCCACCACCGACAGAACCUCCCUUACCCCCACCGAAAAAGAAGAAAGAAGAGGUACAGGUCUUUUACGUGAAAUACCGUAAGAAUCCUAAUGGUUACGGGAAGGAUGCUGUGAUUUACGAUAAACCUGUACCAGCUAUAUCACCGGCUAUUCCCGAAGAGCCCGAACCAGAACAAGAAUGGAAAGAGCCAUCUCCAGGAUAUGAUUCGUAUGCCAACGAAGUUACUGAACCUCCUCGUCCCAGCACCACUCUAAGAACGAUUAUCAAACCCGAUUCGGAAGUGUAUCACAGUCCUGGAAAUAACGUUAAAGUUACUUUUGGAAAGGAAGGGUUUGAUUACAGUAAAAGGGCCAGUAAACCGGAAGAUUAUCCUGGCAUUCCGGGGGUCCCAGAAGGUCGCCAGCUAUCUUCUUUCUCUAACGUGUACUUCAAGAGACCAGGCUCGAAUUAUCACGGUAGCGCCAGCGAAUAUCGGCCAGAGUUUAGAGCACCUCAACCUUAUCGACCAUUUAACAGUUUUCCACAGUCUUCUAACCAAUAUAAUAGUCGAUCGCCUAACAGAGAUUUUAACAGUAGACCACCGCCGCCAUUCUUUCCGCCAACUAAACACUCAUCUAACACGCAACCUCAAUCUUUCCCCAAUUUUUCACACUCGAUUUCUCAUCCUCCUCCACCGCAAUACCAGUCGCAGCAUAAAUAUUCACAGCCAAACCAGCAUUCUGCCCCACCAUCGCACUUCCAUUCUCAACCUCAAUUUGGGGAUGUUCUUCCUCCUGGUCAACGCAAACCAGUUCCUUAUACCCCCUUCGAUAAUGUAAGACCAUCGCAGCCAGUCUUUUCACAACCAUUACCCUCAUCUGAACCGACACAUCAAACAUUCAAUUCACCACCUCACCAACCAUCAUUACCUCAGACUAAACAGCACAUCCAGUUUAGACCUGAAACGCACAUCACUAAUCAAAAACGACCAUCUUCACGUCCAUCGCCUAGUUUUGCCGAAGUGAAUAAUCAAUUCAAAGUAGUUGAAGAACCAAAAGUGCAACAGAUACAGCAGCAAUUUAAUCAGUAUCAACAGAACCAUGAACUGAACGAACAAGUUCGCUACCAACAACAAAAUAACAAUAUAAGGACCGGUGAAAAAGUUAUCCCGCCUGGAGGUGAGCUUGUUCAAUCUCUACCUAAAUUUGAACAACAUUUAAUAGUUGAUCCACAAACGGGAAAGCUAACUCCAACGCAAACCCCUCACCAGCAAACAUUUUCCGUUCAGAACCAACGACAUGCUCAGGAUGCACCUCAAUUGGUUAAACAAGCUAAAUCGCAAAAUUUCCAGAAUGUUCCACAACAGUAUAUAACCCACGCUGCACCGCAAAAUGUUUUUAUCAAUCAGCACCAAAAUUCGUAUUCUCAAAGUACCCCCAGGUCAUACACGCCCACAAGUAGUCCACCUACAACGACAACUACAACUACCCAAGUACCUGAAACUCCAUCGACUACAACUAAGGAUCCUAAAAUUCUCCAAGCACAGUUACCAGACGAAGUUCCCGAUGAUCUCAGAGAACAGCUUCUCUCUUCGGGAAUCUUGAACAAUGCCGACAUCUCCAUUUUAGAUUACGAUAAAGUAGGAGAUAUCCCUCUAUCUGCCCUUCCGCCGGACCAACUUGCCAACUUCUAUGGCGCUGGUGGAGCUCAGCAGCUAGCAGCUGCCGGUAGCGAGCCUUUACCACAAGUGGCAGCGUUGGCAGCUCCAAAGUCUGUAUCGUACAAAGAUCAGGAAAUGGAAGCUGAAGAAUCGGAAGUGAGUGAAGUACGAGCAGAACCGGACCAGCAAACUGAAUUAAAAGUCGUUAAAUACGACCCUGAAAGCGAAAAAGGAAAAGAAGUACAGGAAAAAUACAUUAAAGAAAAUUCCCAGCAAGUCGAUCCUGUAGUUCUAAAUGACAGUAGUUAUAAUAGGUACCUUCCACUGAAAGUCAACGGCACGCAGUUUCCUAUUCCAGACGUUGCAGAACUAAAAGGAAAACGAAUAUCCAGCGUGGUGGUUCUGGCACCUAUCAGUUACGACUUUAAUUCCAACAGAAAAUCGCGCAGCGUUAAUAGCAAUAACGACAUCGAGCUGAUACAAAGCGAACCUUUAAAGAAGCUUUUGGACGAUCCGACGUCUGAAAAUUACAAACUAUUCUUGGAAAGCGAAAAAAAGACUGUUCCCGCUAAACAAUCGAUAAUAUUACUUGUAACUGGACCAAACGGACCAACCACUGAAAAAGAAAUAUUUAUGUACGACAUUGCAACGAAGACGGUGAGCAAACUUAGUGGCGAACUUUCUUCAGCGUUUGUAGAGGCGGCCGAGGCCAACUCAGACGACGAAACACACUCAGAUGCAGCUUCUGAGCAAAUCUCUUCAGAUUCGUCCAGUUCUCCAAAAAAUUAGAUUCCAACUAUUGAAAUGUUGUUAGAACAGGUAUUCAAA